AUGGCGCUCAUAUUCCCAGACGCCGCCGACGCCGCGCCCGGCCCGCGGCAGCAGCAGCAGCAGCGCCGGCCCGAGCACGCCGGCCACGGCGGCGGCGGGGAGCGUGCCGCGUGGCGUGCGGCUGCUGGGGUGCUGUUGGAGCAGUUGGUAGGGGAGCUGCGGGAAGGUGGGGCGUCCCCGCUUUUAGUGCGCGCGGCGGUGGCGGCGGUGGGCGCACGCCUGCUCGCGGACUGCCCCCACGAGCGGCGGCUGCAGCGGCAGCUUGAGGACGCCGCCGCGGCGGCGGCCGCGGCAAAGCCGGGCCCCGCGCUCGCGCCGGCAUGCGGCCCCCUGCUUGGCCCCACGCCGCCGCGCCGCUGCGGCCACGCGCGGCCGCGUGCCACGCUGCGGCUGUCGGCGCGUGCGGCACUGGGCGCAGCUGCCCGGGGCGGGCUCCUGUGCCCGGAGCGCGCUCGCCUGCUCGGCGAUGCGUGGGACGGCGUCGCCUGCGGUUUGGACGCGGCAUUGCUGCGCUGCUCCAACACCAGUGCGUUUGAGACCGCGCAGCAGCAGCAGCAGCAGCAGCAGCAGCAGCAGCAGCAGCAGCAGCAGCAGCAGCAGCAGCAGCAGCAGCAGCAGGGCGAGGCGCCUGAUGAAGAAGAGGGCGCUCUCGAGGCCCUGGCCUGGCUCCUGGCGCCAAACCGCCUCGCACCCCUGCUGGCGCUCACCGCCGCCGCGCCCGCGGCAGAGCAGGGCGCCGCCGCGGCGCGCCUCGCCGGUUGGCUGGCCUCCGCCGCCCGCGUGCUGCACGCGGGUAACUGCCACGCUUCGGGUGGCGGCGCGGCGUGGCGGUGCGCGGCCGCCAUGGCGGGCGUGCACGCGGGCCUGGAGCUGCUGAUCUGGCUGCUGCUUGGGUGGCGGCGGCCGCUGGGGGCAAUUGAAACGCAGCUUGCAAUCACCAUUCGCGGCAGGGGCGGCGGCGACGGCGGCGGCGGCGACGGUGUCGACAACAGCUGCGAAGACGAGGACUCGGAGGAGGUUCAUACCGAAGAUGAGUCGGGGUCCGAAGGGGAGGACGGCGGGGCCGAAUCUGAUGCCACCGCCGCGCCGCCGCCGGACGCCGCGAUUGCGCUCUCAGCGUGGCUGCCGCCCGGCGAGCGCGGCGCGGCGCGCGCCCCGAGGCUCGUCUCGGAGCGCGACCCCGGCGCCGACGGCGUCGAUUCGGAUUUGCGAGACAUGAUCGGCGGCGUGGCGGCACUGGUGGGCGGGAACGCUGCCGCGGAUGAUCUCGGCCCAGACUGUAGCGGCGGCAGCGGGGGCGGGGGCGAAGCCGAGGAGCGGAGUGGCCCUGUGGCGUCAGACGUCUGGCGGGAGGCGGCGGCGGCGCUGCAGGCGGCAGCAGGCGCGGCCCCGGCCACGCCCGCUGCGGGGGCGGCGGCGGUGCAGCUGGAGCAGCCCGAAGUGGCCGUGGGGGCGGCCGCCUCUGUGAACUGGGACACCCAAGCGCACGCCGACGCGCUGCGUCGCGCUGCGGAGCUGCUGCCUGCGCUGUUCGACCUCCAUCGUGCCGCCCUCGGUGCGACGCUCGCGGCGGCGCUGGCCGGCGCGGGCGGGGGCGCCGCGGCCGCCCUCGAGGCGGCGCAGCACGUGCUGGAUCUGGCGGGGUCCGUGGAAGAGCUCGAGUCAGGGUUGGAAGAUGUGCACCCCGGGCUCGGGCAGCUCGCCGCCUGGCUGGCACGCCCGGCCGACUGGGUGGCGCGCGCCGGCGCGGCGGCGCUGGCAUCCACCCGCCGAGGCCUUCCGCAGCCGCCGCUUGCGGCGCUGCUGCUGCUGCACUGCUGCGCGGCCGUUCCCCAGCCGGAGGCGCGCGCGGCGCUCUGCUGCCAGCGCGCGGCGCUGCGGCUGCUGGUGGCCGCGGCGCGGGUCGCCCUGCACAGAUGGCCGGACGAGGGCCAGCGGCGGCUGUGGCAGGAGCUUGCGCUUGCUGCGCGCGAGGGCGGCGGGCGCUACCCAGUACUCGUGUCUUGGUGCGCCGACGCGGCAGGCCGCGGGCGGCGCCUGGGCAGAGCUGGCCGCCUCGGAGCGGCGGGCGCCCUGGCUGCGGGCGCCGACACACUGCACUUGGCGCUGCGCGCCGGCACGCUGGGCGGGUGCGAGGGGGCGCUGCUUGCGCUGCUCUCCAGCCUGCUGCAGGAGGGGGGUGUCAGGGCCCCCGGCGAGCCAGCGGCAUCCGCGGUCUGCACCGCGCUGCUGGAGCUGCCGGAGGAUCGCCUCGCCGCGCUGCUGCUCGCGCUGCUGCUGCGCCCCGCCGCCGACGCCGCCCGCGGCGCCGCCGCGCGCGCGCUGCUCGCGCGGCUGCUGUCCGGGCCGGGAGACUGCGCCGAGGGGGGCGACGGCUUGGGCUCACGCCGCGCGGCAGCGGCUGGCGCGCCCUUAGCUCUGCGCGUGCAGCUGCUGGGGCACUUGCUGGGCGCGCUCGUCUGGCUGAGGUGCGACCCCGCCGCCUCCGCCGCCGCGUCGGGCGCGGCG